UGACAACAGCCAUCGGGGCUGAUAGACAGAUACCGGGGGUGGGGGGGAUGAGACAGGACCACAGACAGGACUGGGAGCCGAGCCAGAGUGAGCAGCGAGUUGUAUGGGGAGCCCAGAAGGCCACAGCCUGGAACAGUUUCAUCAUUCUUUGUGAGCACCCGGAGUAAUGACACUGAUUAAAGGCUCCUUUACGUAUUCCACCGGGGAGGAAUAUCAUGGAGAUUGGAGGGAAGGUCGGCGGCACGGCCUUGGUCAGUUAUUAUUUGCAGAUGGAGCCAUCUAUGUGGGACAGUUUGAGAACGGACUUUUCAGUGGCUACGGGGUGCUGACCUUUCCUGAUGGCUCAAGGUACGAAGGGGAGUUCGUUCAAGGAAAAUUUCAAGGAGCGGGUGUAUUCACCAGAUAUGACAAGAUGAAAUAUGAGGGGGAGUUUAAAGGGGGCCGCGUUGAAGGCUAUGGUCUUUUCACAUUUUCAGACGGUUCCCAUGGAAUGCCAAGAAACGAAGGCCUCUUUGAGAACAACAAACUGGUAAAGCGAGAGAAGUGUCAGGCCGUAAUCCAGCGGGCCGUAAGUGCCUCCAAAGCGUCCUGCUGCCUGGCCGCUAACCAAGGCUGAGAGGCCGAUGUCACCCUCCGAGGGCGGACGUGUCACCGAUCACAGUCUACAAGUGCACUCACCUGUUUUUUCCCCCCUCUUUUUUGGCUUGUUUACACUGCUUGCUGGUAAAAGCAGACGGACCGCUGUAGUCAAUAGCGCUAUAGAAAUAUAUAUAUAUAUGUUUAUUUAUUACGGGACAUACGCUGCUGCUUACCCUUCCAAGUGCAAUGGAACUGAAUACAGUGCCUCCUUCAGUGAAAAAAAGCCCAGCAGCUUUCAAUGAAUACAAUUCCUGCAGUACAUUCUGACACUAUCCUCUUUACAGGGUUUUUUUUAUUUUAUUUUGUCUUUACGCAGUAUCAAAGCUAGUUGCAUGGGCAUUAUAUAUUGAGGACUGAAAGGCGAUUCACAGGUCGUCACGGAAGAGAAAUACGUAGUUAAACGCUCCAACAUCAUCACGGCCUUGAUGAGAACGUGGACUGUCAUUUCUCUUAGAGGUACUCUGGUGCACCCAGGCAUAGGUAUGUCCCAUCCUCCUUCCUCGUGGGUGCUGGGGUGCUGUAUAGGACGACUCUCUCAAUGAUGAAGGAACGGGCCCAAGGUUUAUAACGCCCUUGAUCUGAGACAGGAGGGCAUGGCGGCAUUAAACAGGGGGCCUCGGAUCCUUCGAUGUAUGUGCACCAUUGAUUUCUCCCUUAUAUGGUUAAUAUCCCUAGCUGGCCAUACACAUUAGAUGUGUCAAUCAAACCUGCCCUUCGCGUUGGGGCUGGCCAACGUCUCAAGUGUAUGGGGAGCUCCCGACUCUACCUGACGGCAGAUGUUAUCAGGAAAGAUAAGGAUGGGGCUGUUCGAUUUUCAAUAUGCCCGAUCUUCCUGUUCUCAGGCAGAUAAGUCCCUGCCAGAGGAGUCUGCCAGCAGCUUACCCUCCCACAUGCAUGUGUGUUGGGAGAGAUGGCUGUCCGCCAUACAAGCGUUCUGCUAACAUCUGAAGUGCAUGGCCAGCUUAAAGGGCAUCUGUCAGCAGUUUUGCAC